AUGGUGAAUAUUAAAGUGAGCUCAUCAGCAAUAGCCCUUGUGGCUAUUAUUAUGAACCCACUUUUUUCACUUGCAUUCAAAUCAAGCAACCGAUUAGAGAUGAGAAUUGAAUCAUCUGGUGCAGUUUUAAAUGAAAAAGUUGCAACCCCGUCUCUUCCUUCAGAUUUAGACCCAGUGACUUUCUUACUUGUAGAUUCCACAGGUAAGAAAUUUAGUCCGUAUAAUGGUAAACAUGCUAAUGCAACAACUACUUCUGCUGCUUUCAGUGCACCAUUUGAUUUGGAUGUUAGCGGCAUUCCAAUCGAGCCAAGCACAAAAAAAAUGGUUGAUCCAGUCUCUUUAAUGCUUUUUGAUAACAGUACUGGUGUAAUGUACGACCCAAAUACAGGUACUGUUUUAGAAGGUUCAAUUGCAGGUGUAAGAAGUGAUUCUUGCUCCAUAAGUGAACUUAACUUUACAACUACCACAGGAUUUUCAACCGACCCAUCGAUGAACUGGCCAGUAAGUCUUACAAGUGGUGAGUUGAAGAAUCCAAACAAAGAAACAACUAUUUCUGGUUCAAGAUCUUGCGGAUGGAAACAGGGCUAUAGUACUGAUUCAUCUACUGGAUUUAGAAUAGAUUCAACCACUGGUCUCCCAACUGAUCCAUACUCUAACUGUCCAUUCAACCCAGUAUCUGGAAAUUUGGUAAAUAGAUCUACAGGUAAGACCCUUCCAAACACUUUUGCAGGUGUUUACCGUUCCAACGAAACAAAAACUACUGAACCUGGAGCAAAUACUAAUUUCUUAUUGGUGGACCCCAAGAUUAAUGCUCCUUGUAAUAGUGAAAAUUCCUUUGAAAAAGGUCAAAUUUAUGAUAUGAAUGAAAAAGUAUAUGUCCCAUUUACUAAGUGUGUUGGCUACAACCACAACAACAAAGGCUACAACCACAACAACAACAACAAAGGCUACAACCACAACAACAACAACAAAGACAACGACCACAACAACAACAAAGGCAACAACCACUACUACCACCACAACAACAACAACAACAACAACAAAGGCAACAACCACAACUACAACAACAAAGGGAACAACCACUACUACUAA